UGACUCAGGGUUUUAAAACGUGGAUGGCGACUGGAGAGCUACAGCAGCGAAUCUACUGCUAGUCACGGGGAGGAUUGCCAACAGGACAGCGGAGCAGCUUCUGUUCUCUCUUCUUUUUCCCUCUUCUCCUGCUCUGCUAUAUAGCUAAUCGCGUCUCGCCUUCCUUCUGAGCAUCAAAAUAUCUUGAAGCAGAUUAUUUUGGUGGAGGGAAACUGGAAAGGAUGAAGCUUUCCGUGUCUUUUUCAAGGCUUUUUGUGCUGCUGCUGCUGCUGCUGCUGUCGCACAUCAGUCUCUACUCCGUCAACGCGCUCAACGUCGGGAUGCAGUUCGCCAACGCAGCCAUCGACAAGAGCGUGAGACAAUGCAGCCGGACGUGUGAAUCUCAACAUUGCACUGUGCUGCCUUUCUUGAGAUACGGGAAGUACUGCGGCAUUCUCUACACGGGGUGCCCUGGCGAGAAGCCCUGCGACGCCCUGGACGCCUGCUGCAUGGUGCACGACGAUUGCAUCGGGUCCAAGAACAAUGACUACUUGGACGAGGAGUGCAACGGGCAGAUGGUGGAGUGCAUCGAGAAGGUGAAGGCGUCCGGCACGGGGCAGGCGACGUUCAAGGGGAACCAGUGCUCGGUGGAGGAGGUGGCGGAUCUCGUCGAGGCGCUAUUGGAGGCGGCGCUGUUGGCCAGAAGAGUGAUCCACAACCCAUGACUUCUCGCUGAGUGGUGGCCAUGUGGCCCAAAACAAUGGAGGCUUUCUUCACUGCGCAUGGGCGUCGCAGUGAAUGUUGGGAUUGUUGUUUGUUGCAUUAUGGUGAUCAAUUGUAUCAUAUUAAUUGCUGCUGCUCAUUGC